GGCAUUCGACGGAACGCGGGGCCGCGGGUUAUACCCCGUGCCUCAGCAUUCUCAAGAGCCUAAUUUUGGCUUUUGCCCCGCAUACCCCUUCGACCGAACUCUCUCUCAUUUUCCUAAAUUCAUUUCCCGCAUAACCCUUUGACGCCAAGAUCCGUCGCCUGCUGCACCACUGAACUCCCUCAAGUCCCCCACUCUCAGAGCCACGUUUCCUUCAUCACUGCCCUCCCGCAUUCUUCCAUUCCUUCUUCUUCGGCGAUCUCGCAGAUGAUCUUUAUGUAAUUAUCCCAAAUUCUCUCCUAAAAGUUGCCCCGUUGCCAAAUUUGUUCGCCAAUUUCAUCUCUCUGGAGGUUAAUGAACAGCUCGAAUUUUCAACAUUUUAUCAAGAAAUGUGGAAAUCUUAAACAGGCUCAGCAGCUCCACGCACAAGCCAUUUUCCAAGCUCUUCAUCCCUGCCACCAACCUUUUUCCUGCCAAAUCCUCAACGCUUAUGCCCGGCUCGGCUGCGCCAUCGACGCCUACAAGGUAUUCGAUCAAAUUCCCAAACCGGACAUCGUCUCCCUCACCAGCCUCAUCUCCCUCCAAUUACAGUGCAAUCAGCCCCAUAAAGCCAUCUCCGUAUUCUGCAAUAUUAUCUCUUCUGGUAUCCAGCCUGAUGGUUUUGCCAUUGUUGGAGCCCUCUCUGCAUCCACUAGGCUCUGUCAUCUCGAACUCGGUAGAAAGGUCCAUGCUUUGAUCUAUCGGCAUGAAUUGUUCUCUGAAAGUGUCAUAGACAAUGCCCUUAUCGACAUGUACUCAAAAACUGGGAAUAUUCUUUCAGCUGAGGCCGUCUUUGCUGGUAUGAUUAGCAGAGACGCAGUCUCUUGGAGCACCAUGCUGAAUGGGUAUGCUAAAUGUGGUGGUAUGGGAUCUGCAGGUAAGCUUUUUGAUGAAAUGCCGAGCAGAGACACAGUUUCUUGGACAGUGAUGAUCACUGCUCAUGUGCAGCACAAGCAACCAAUAACUGCUCUGAAGCUCUUCCAUGAGAUGAAUUUGGAAGGUCAUCAACCCACAAUAAUCACAAUUGUCAGUGUUUUAUCAGCUUGUGCUGAUGUAGGGGCAUUGGACCUUGGUCGCACAAUUCAUGGGUAUAUUUGUAAACUUAAUGCUAGCUUUGAUGUUACCCUUUAUAAUGCACUUAUAGACAUGUAUUCAAAAAGUGGAAAUCUUGAAAUUGCAGAGGAUAUCUUCAAUGGGGUUACUAACAAGGAUGUCUAUACAUGGACUUCAAUGAUUUCCGGGUUUGCGGUUCACGGCAGUGCGAAACGGGCUAUCGAAUUGUUCUCUGAUAUGCUGAGUUUGGGCAUUAGCCCAAACAAGAUCACAUUUUUAGCAGUUCUCUUAGCUUGCAGUCAUGGUGGAUUGGUUGAUGAGGGAAGAAGAAUGUUUGAUGAAAUGAGAAUAGUCUAUAACUACAAGCCUCAAGUUGAGCACUUUGGAUGCAUGGUUGACUUAUUAGGUAGAGCUGGACUUCUAAGAGAUGCUGAAUUGUUGAUACAAGAUAUGGGAAUGGAUGCGGAUAGUGUGAUAUGGAGAUCGCUGCUUAGUGCUUCUCUUAUUCAUGGUGAUUUUGAGUUGGCAGAGCUGGCUGGGAAAAAGAUCAGAGAGAGAGAACCAGAUGAUGAUGGUGUUUAUGUGCUUCUAUGGAACAUGUAUGCUUCUUCCAACAGAUGGAAGGAAGCCCUUGAGAUGAGAAGAAAGAUGAGGGAGAUGAAAUUGUUGAAGAGGCCGGGCUGCAGCUGGAUAGAGGUUGAUGGUAUUGUCCAUGAAUUUAUGGUUGAUGACCUGAUGAAUAUAUUUGAAAGAGAAAUCGGUUGGGUUUUGGAAGAGAUGAGUAAGCAUUUGAGAACAUAUUCUAGUGUCUUAAUUUUGGAAGAAGAUUCUUGGACCUUCUCCAUGGAAAAAUAUAGUUGGCAAGCUCCUUUUUGUUUAUAAUUGACGUAUUUCUAAUCUUGGACAUCCUAUCUUACUUUAUGGCUUUAUUUUGUUAUAACUAGUUCACACAAAGUUUGAUAAAUGUCUGUGAUAAAUAGUUUGU